UCUGUUCAAUAAUCGGUUUAAUGAUUUUUUUAGGAAAGAUGAUCUGAUGGGGAUGAAACUGUUUCACUGACAAUAACCUUCAGUCACGUCUUCAUCUUUUCUGAAUCUGGAUCGAAAUAAAAUCUGAAGAAGGAUAAAAAAACAUAAAUCCAUCCUGAACAUCGUGGGCCGGAAGUACCACCUGAACUCUGUCCUCAGGAGUCCUCUGGGUUUGAGUGGACGGGUCUUGUUGGUGGAUUUUGGACAAAUAUGGGAUCAGACUUUUUCAUCACUGAAGUUCUUGUCCUCAGAGGCCACCGUAGCUUUUCACUCUAGAAUCUGACCUCUCAGUGUCCCGACAGCCCCCCCCCCCAGAGAGUGGGAGUGGGCGGGAUCACAGCUGUUUUUGUUUGUUUGUUUUUGUUUGUUUUUUCUCUGAGGUGUAAAUGAAGAUGACGUCACUGAGUUCCAAGUGACCGUUAACGAUGAAAAGGGCCGAAACAUGAAUGAAGAUGACGUCACAGCGGCUCAAUAAACGCAUGUGUGACAACAACCGGUAAUGAUGUCUCAACUUUUCAAAAUAAAAGACCCAACAGUGGAGGAGGAGAAGGAGGAUGUGUUUAAGAGGAAGCAGCUGAGGAUGCUGGGAUAUUUUUAGGAUGACGGUGAUGAAGAUGAGGAUGACGAGGGGGCGGAGCUCUGACGUCACAGCUCCUCCGCAGUGCUGCUGCUGUUUGACCGGAAAAACCACCGGGACCCGCUGAAAGGAUUUCCACCUUCUUCACUUCUCCUCCUCUUCGGUCUCCUCGUCUCCUUCCUCCCUCCUCCUCUUCUUCCCUCGCUCUCACUCUCCGGCUCUCCUCGUCUCCAUGCGGGUCUCUGUCCCGCACCGCUCCGCCGCAGACACCGGGCCUUCCUGUAGCAACCGCCCCGGCCUGCCUCUCCCUCCGGCCGGCGGAGCCUCCCAGCUGAGCCCCGCUGAGGUGGCCUGUUGCCGGGGAGAGAUGCUGUAGAGCAGCCGGGGAGGAGAUGCUUCUCCCGGCCUGAGAGGAGCAGAGAGCCGCGGGAGAACGCAGGAAGAUGUCCGGCAGGAUGCCUCUGACCCCGGUGAGCGAGAGGGAGUCCGAGCAGGUCAGUCCGCUUCGAUUAUCGAUUAAUUAUUGAACUCCAUCGAUAAUUUAUGUUCCUGGUUUUGUUACUCAGAGACGGUAACGUGACUGAUCUGUAAAUGAAGGCGAACCGAUCUAAUCAAUGAGUUUGAUCAGAAAUGUCCGUGUUAUUCACAGACAAAGAUUUCAGGACUUUUAUUUUGUAAGGACUUUGAGCCUGACGCUUUAGGAGGAGGAAGUUGUUGGUUUGAAUCCAGAUCGCUUCGGAGUAGAGGCACACUGGCAGCAGUGGUGCAUUAUGGGAACAAACUUUAGAGUCUCUUUGACGUCCAAACCCCUAAAAACCCGACUGGUGUGGAGGAGCGUCCCGGUCCCUCUGCAGGUCUCUGAACCACCCAAUCACAUCACCUGUUUCCAGAUGUGCAGCGGAAACCAUGGCGACAGAAGCCCAGCUGGUGAUGUCAUUGUCGGUGAUGUCGGGGCGCCGCUUUAGCCGAGAUACUAACUAACCAGCCGACCAAUCACAGGCCUCGCAGAUGUUUGAACCCUGAGUCCAGGUUUCAGAGGAGAGUCCGAAUCCUUUGGUCAAUCCUGGGGCGGAGGGUCAACGCAGGACUAGAAACUUCCAUGUCGGCUCUGAGACCAGGUUCUCUGGAGGGUCAGUCAGGGUCAGAUAAAGAGGUCUGGGUUUAGUCCAGCUUGUUGGUUGAAGGUCAGAUCUUCAGUCAGAGACCCAGAGGUCUCAUGAUCUGUGAGAGAACCCCCCAUGGUGUGACCCUUGACCCUGGUCACUCUGUCACUGUGAGGGUCUAUAAGAUCCCCCUGAAUGAGAGUGGACCCCCUUCCAGCCUGAUAAUGAGACAUGGACCCAGAACCCAAAAAGAGACCUGGAGAUCUGGUCCAGUCUUCACAGAUGGAGAAGAUACCCCUGACAUGGACUCUGGUGAUCGUCAGACCAUCAGGGAUGCUGGAUUUGGACCCGGGUGGACCCCUGUCUCUUCAGAGAGGAGAGUCCAUGAUUCCCAAAAAGACUCUUGGAUUCUGAUUGGUCGGUUUUGUGACCCAGCAGCGUUGUGGUUCUUUGGUCUUUGGACCUUCUGUGGACUCUGAGGGGACCUGAGGCUGAGCUGGGUCCUUCACCCGGGCCGGAUCAUGAUGCGGACUAUCAGCUUUGUUUGGUUCCUGUAAAUGAGCUCUUGAGUUUGGGUCCAAAGUUCCAACAGAACCAGUCCGGAUCAGCUGAUGUCAUGGUCUAACAGUAGAGGUCUGACCCUCCUCGGACUCAUCCAGACCCAGUCACACCGGUUUCUGUCGGCUCUGGUUCCUACCUGUAGGACCUUCCUCUACCCGCUCUGUUACUGUGAUCUGGACUCGGACCGGGCGGGUUAGGAUUAGGUUCUGGUUUAGGUUCU